GGUGGACGGGCCCCAAACUCUACUUCGCCUCGACCACGCCGUCCGAUAGGUGAGGGCGGCGAGGGCUGCGCUAUCGUUGGCUGACUGCCGGUGAGAGUGCGAUGCGGAUUGGAGGAUGUCGGGGGACUGGGAUGAAGACCUGUGUAAGAAGGCGCUGGUGCUGGUGGAGGAGCUGUGCUUCAACUCCCCGAGAGGUUACAGCCAGAGCGAGCGCUGCCAGGAGUUCAGCUACCUGCUGAGAGGCAGCAACAGACAGCUGGACGCAGAGAUCUCUGUCAGUCUGCUGUCGGUCAUCGUGACAUUCUGCGGCAUCGUCCUCCUCUCCGUCUCCCUCUUCGUCUCCUGGAAGCUCUGCUGGCUGCCAUGGAGGGACAAAGAGGGCGGAGGCUUGAGCCUGACGUCGGGGUUGCUGCCUGGAAGCGCCGGUCUGGGAAACCUCGGGGGCACCGGGGGCUCGUCGCUCUUACCGCCCCUGCUGCAGAGGAAGGAGGGCCAGUCCUCGUCCUCGCUCUACCCGUCCCUGGGCCAGCAGGGCCAGCACCACCCCCAUUUCUCUGACCUGGUGGGGUUGGAGAGGGGGGAGGUCGGAGGGGUGGUUGGGGGGCCACAGGAGACCCAGGAGCCGUCCUACCUGGACAUGGACUCCUACCCCAACAAUGCCGGAACUCUGAAGUUGAGUCAGACGUCUCCAGAUGUCCCCAACUCAGAGGUGGGAGCCCAGCCCCAUAAAGACCUGCCCAACGCGAAUUCCCAGCAGCAGGUCACCUCCCGGCCCAAGCCCAUGACUCACCAGCUCUCCAGUCCUGAUUUCCACGGCGAGGAGAAGGAGCAGGUGACCAGCAUCGGGCAGAUCAAACCGGAGCUCUACCGGCCCAAAGGCGACCUGGGCGACGGCAAACAGGGCGACAACUGCGGCAAGAUCAGCUUCCUCCUGCGCUACGCCUUCAAUACGGAGCAAUUGGUGGUGAAGAUCCUGAAAGCUCUGGACCUGCCGGCGAAGGAUGCCAACGGCUUCUCUGACCCAUACGUGAAGAUCUACCUACUGCCAGACAGGAAGAAGAAAUACCAGACCAAGGUCCACAGAAAGACCUUGAACCCCGUGUUCAACGAGACGUUCCAGUUCGGCGUGCCGCUGAGCGAGCUACAUUCCAGGAAGCUGCAUUUCUCCGUGUACGACUUUGACCGCUUCUCCAGACACGACCUGAUCGGCCAGGUGGUGGUGGACAACCUGCUGGACUUCAGCGAGGGCAGCGGGGACAAGCCCGUCUGGAGGGACAUCGUGGAGGGCACGGCGGAGAAGGCUGAUCUCGGGGAGCUUAAUUUCUCGCUGUGUUACCUGCCCACUGCAGGCAGACUGACUGCUACAGUCAUCAAGGCCACCAACCUCAAAGCCAUGGACCUCACUGGCUUCUCAGACCCGUACGUGAAGGCCUCUCUGAUCUGCGACGGGCGCCGGCUGAAGAAGAGGAAGACCUCCAUUAAGAAGAACACGCUGAACCCCACGUACAACGAGGCGCUGGUGUUCGACAUCCCCAAUGAAAAUAUAGAAAGCGUAUCCAUCAUCAUUGCCGUGAUGGACUAUGACUGUAUUGGUCAUAACGAGGUCAUAGGGAUGUGUCGUGUGGGCAGCGAAGCUGACGGUCCAGGGAGGGAGCACUGGACGGCCAUGCUGGCCAAUCCACGCAAACCCAUAGAGAACUGGUAUCAGCUUGUGGAGGAAAAAGCAAUUGGUACGUUCGUGUCGAAGACUGCGACAGCCUCCUCCCCGAAGCCGAACAUCGUGGUGGACAGUCCUCACUCCGAUUAACACUGUCGUUAUCAUCUCUCCAGCUCCAGACUUUCAUUUUCUUUCCUCUCAUCUGUGAAUAAUUCUCUCCAUCAAAGGAAGAAAGACGCGGAGACACACUGCUUGUGUCCAGCUGCUAGUGCUGUUUUGCUCCCGCUAAUGAAUCCUUCAAGUCCUGUGCAGAACGAACAAUAUCCCUCACGAGCAUCAGACACCACGCAUUCACAGACACAUGCAGAUAAUAAAUGGUACGGUGGGACUGAUUCCGUCACUGUAAAUGUGAGCUAUAGCAAGUGAACCGACACACACACAUACACACGCACACAGACACACACACACACACACACACACACACACAGAGAGAGUUUGCAUUAUAGUUCAUGUGUGCUUUAGAUUAGUGUAUUUCAUCUAGGAGGAGCGUGAUGUGACAAACAUUUCUCUCUUGAAAAAUAAAAAAUUUAAAAAGAAAGCCAUCCUAGAAUGGCCUUUUCAACCGGGACCAAAGGUUCAUGCCCUUGUACAGACUAUAAAAGAAGAACAUCACUAUGUCGAUAUUUUUCUUUGCAAUAUUGGUGUACAGCAUCUGCCGUACUGUGUGGGGAAAACAUCUCACACUCGGUACUCGGCAGGACAAAAGAAAAUCAAAAUUAGAGGUGGAUUCUCCCGGCCAUGUUGGACGCCUGCUCCAGGCUCCGCAUCCUCUUGUUUCAGACUCGAAUGGCUUGUUAUCCACAGAGGACAUGGCGACAAAGCGUCCAGUGGUCUUUAUUGAUGUCAGAGGAGUGAAAAAUGAGGACAGACUCAUCGGUUUAAGCAUGUUACGCAACCUUGAAAUGUGUUCCUCUUCCUCACGCUUUUUGUCAUCAUCCUCGUGGUGCUCAUCGACUGCAAUUUUCUUAUUAUCGUUUUGCUCUGUUUGUGUGAUACAAAUACGCGUACGUCCAUCAGCAAAGGAAUUUCUCCAUUCAUGCCAUCUUUACAGUCCGCUGGAGAGGCGCCGCUGUGACUGUUUGAUCGUCCUCUGCUUUCUGGACAAAUGGGCAGACUUUCUCCUCACGGAGGACGACGCAGGUUCAACGAAAUCCUGCCUUCAGGAUCGGACCAGCAUCCGUUUGGAGCGCACUCGCCGGGGGAUGUAUCCCAAAGGGAAGGAUGUCACCACUCUGCUUUAUUUUUCUAUCAUUCCGGGACUGUUUUUCUUUUUCUCAAGAAUUCAUCGUCCAGCUUCAACAACAACAAAAAUUCCAAAAAAUAAUGUCUCUUUAAGUCCACAUCAUGUCCCCGACAAAACGUUAGAAAGACACACGUGUCUGUAUUGCUUUGAUUAGUGUGUUUACGUGUUUGUGGGCGUGUUUGUUUUGUAUUUGUGCGCGUCCGCGCGUGUGUGUAUGCCUGUGCGUCACUGUGACCUUGUGUGCGUGACACGUUUCUGUGCUCACUCCCUCCCCUCGUCCGUUGCUGUCUUUGCCUCCCUCACUCCCCAAAUCCCAGCAUCCACGGACACAGAGCCAAAUGUGUCUAUUGUCCCGUGUUUUUACAAAGAGCCAUUUUAUGUGCGCGUGUGUGAAUGUUUGUGUGUGUGUGUAUGUGUGUACUAUACGUGCCUCAUUGCACUAGGUUGGGAAACACUGUCUUUCAUAGACAUUAGUUGGUAUUGUGUACGUCGUAAUCAGAACUCAGCUGCCAAUCCUUCAACCCUCCCCUCCCCCUCUACCCCUUUGCCUGAUGUAAGUAACUGUGUUGAUUGUGUACUUCUUUCAGUAAUGUGUGUACUGUAUGUCCGAAGGGAAGAAAACAGAUGGCACAGUGAUCAAACAUGUAAUUGUUGGGGGGGUGUUUUACGUGAAGGGAUAAUUUAUUGCGGCCUACAGAUAAUGACGAAUUUGGAUCCCUCAUAAAAGCACGACGAACAAGGAGGAGGUGUCGUGAGAAAACGAGCGCCGGGGAUCUCUGCACUUCCUGUGAGAAGCGGUACGGACUCAUAAAGCCACGUCUGUCACUGCUACUACCACUACGACUGUAAACAACAGUGCAACACCUCACUACAGCUCCCUGUAUUGCUAUCGUUGCCAUUCCUCUCUCACACACACACACACACACACACACGUCGGUGCAGGAGUGUGUGUGUGUGUGUGUGUUUCGGGGUGGGAGAUCUAGUUUCGUUCUCUUACUCACCGGCGUGCUCGAUCUGGUAUAUACGGGAGGUAUACAUACCUGCACGGAUUCUGUGUGGUUUGCCAACUGGGGGAUUAUCGACCAGCUUGUAUAAGUAGAUAUGAUAUUGACCCAUUGGUCUCGAGGCCCCAUAAUGAUCUCUUUCCCAGCCUCUCUCUCUCUCUCUCUCUCUCUCUCUCUCCCUCUCCCUCUCUCUGCUGGUGUCGACCCUAUUUAGUCCUUGUGUUCCUGCCCGGUGAUAGAUUACAAAGCUCAUAGUGGAACCAGCACAUCCCCUUAUUCUCUCUCCCCUCCCUCUCUUUUUGUCUAAUUACUGUCUGAUUACUCAUUCUCUCAUUUUGUCCUACAGCAACCCCCCCCCCCCCCAAUACACACACACACACACACACACUACCUUCUCCCCUCAACUAUCCAGUUCUCUCUCUGCUCUUUUCUAUUGCUCCCUCCUCUAUCCCACAUCCCUCCAUCUUGCCCUCUUUUUCUUCUGUCUACGCCCCCCCCCCCUUCCAUCCUCUCUAAUCCCUCUCACUGUCUUGUGUUAGUGCAGUUCUGAAUGGUCAUGGGGAAACAUGUUUGCAUGCUUAUAUUAACAUGAAUGAUGUCAACUUGAUGCAAUGAAAAAUUAUAAAAGUGAUGCUUUAAGCAAAAUCAGACAAUGAACUUGAUACUAAUCCUACUAAUGACGACUAAAUGGAGGCCCAGCAAUUGUUUAUCUCUGUGGUCAAAAACAACGAUGAUGAAAAAACAUUGUUUAUGCUGUAUUUAUCUUCCUUGGAUUGGUAUUCAAUUUUUUUUUUUACGUAUAAUUUAUUCAAGAGGUUUACUUUUUUAUUGGUUAAGGCUGAGAAUUUGAAUGAGGGGUUCAGUCAGGGCGAUUGUUUCGGUCGGGACAGCUGUGCCAGGUCGCAGGAUGUUGGUGAAUGUGUAAGUAACAGUGUGGCUGAAGCAAUGAUCAUGGAAAUAAAUGAUAUGUAUCAUCCAG